AUGAAGAUAGUCUCUUGGAAUGUCAGGGGGGUCGGCUCCAAGCACAAGAGGAGUCUAAUCAAAGCCACGAUUUCCACAAGAAAUCCGGACGUAGUGUGCUUUCAAGAGACCAAGGUUGCUACUUUCAAGAAUAGUCUGCUGGCUUCCUUAUGGGGUGUGGCCGAUGCGAAGUGGUUUGCCUUGGACGCGGAUGGGUCUUCGAGAGGAAUCCUGAUUGCUUGGAAGUCCUCUUCAUGGGACCUCCUUGACUCAUCUCGGGGGAACUAUUCGGGGUCUGUUAAACUCAAAGAUAAGUGCUCUUCCUUCCAAUGCCUUAUUUCUGUGGUUUAUGGCCCCAAUUCUGACUCUGACAGGCCUUCCUUCUGGGAAGAGUUAACCCUAGCUCGGCUAUCCUUUGCAGGGCCCUACUGUGUGGUGGGCGAUUUCAACGCCACUUGCUCAGCGGACGAUCAUUCUAGGAGAAGACGCCCGCCCCCCGCAAUGUCGCAGUUCUCGGAUUGGAUCCAGCUCCACCAGCUCAUUGACCUUCCUCUAUCGGGAGCUAGGUACACCAGCGGCCGUGCAAACCCAGUCCUAUCCCGCUUGGAUAGAUUUCUCAUCUCCCUAGACUGGUUCGACGCUUUCCCGAAUGUUCAGCAAAUCGCCCUGCCAAGAACAACCUCUGACCACUGCCCAAUUUUCCUUUCAGUGGAAGAGAACUGGGGCCCUAAACCUUUCAAGUUCAAUUCCUCCUGGCUCCAGUCAGAGGCUCUACGGCAGAACAUUAAAGAAUAG